CUUGUCUUCGACCACUUCGCCAUGUCUGAGGGAGACGAGUCCGCAAAACUAUGGAAGGUUAACCGCACAAUACACGAACUGGUCAAAGAUCGGGGCUUCCAGGUCUCCGACGAUGAGAUCAACAUGGACCUGACCACCUUCCGGAGUCACUAUGCGAACAACUCGGGGAGUGUAGACCGGAGUCAACUCAAUUUCUUCACAAAUCACAAGAACAACCCCAUGACACAGAUCUUCGUGUAUUUUUCUGAGGAAAAGAGUGUCGGCGUGAAGACUAUGCGAAAAAUGCUUGGUAUUCUGGAAGAAAAGAACAUCCAACAGGGUGUCAUUGUCUUCCCAGGGAACAUGACCCCGUCCGCUCGGAAGGUGAUCGCGGCGAUGGCAUCGCAAUACAAGUUGGAAGAAUUCUCGGAAUCUGACUUGUUGGUGAACAUCACGCAUCACACCCUGGUGCCUAAACACGAGGUCCUGUCCCCUGAGGAGAAGAAAGAACUCCUGGAAACAUAUCGGUUGAAGGAGACACAGUUGCCUCGGAUCCAGCUCGCGGACCCUGUCGCCCGCUAUUACGGCCUCAAGCGAGGAAACGUAGUCAAAAUAACGAGACCAAGUGAAACGGCUGGACGUUAUGCCAGCUAUCGCUUAUGUUUCUGACAUAUCUGUAUUUGGUGGGUGUGGAUCGGAUGUUCCAAAUCGGAACGUCGCGCCACCGUCUGUGCUUUCUUCUUCCUGGAAUGCCCUUUGUAUCCUCGCUCUGUAGUAUUAUAAUGUUCAUUUCCCGCUCUCAGCUAUCUUUCAAGAACUCA